AUGGAUAUUUACCCUACUAUCAAGGUGCUAUUUUCUGACUGCAGUAAUGGUACUGAAUUUCAAAUAAGGAAUGUAGAAGAAUGGAUAACAAAGAAUCAAGCUGAUGAAGUCUACAUGCUGGCAUCCCAAAUAAAAGAACUAAUAGAAUUCUUGGAGUCAGCAAACAAUGUGUAUCCACCAUCCCAUUCAUUCCUGCAGGGUUUGCUUUUGUCAAGCUUGAGGAGUUGCAAGUUUCCCAUUAUCAUGUUCGUUGCAAGGUUGAAGCUUCUUGUGCUUUACAACAAUCAUGGUCAUUUGAACAGAUUGGGUCUUAAACUAUGGAUGCCUUCUGGUGGAAUAAACAUUGAACAUGACUGGCUUCUGAAGAUCAAGGGAUUGUUGGAUGUUUUCUUCUGA